AUGGAUUCAGAUUCAAGUAAUCAGCUGUCACCUAUUUUAAACCCAUUGAAAACUGACUCCGGUAACGAUAAAUUACAAAUACCAAGAAACGAUAAUGACCCAACAGUAUGGGCUGAAUAUUUUCAACUUGCAUUCAAUGUUUUAGUAGCAUCAAUAACCCUAUUUCUAUUCAUAAAAUUCCUAUAUAUGGUUAACAGAGAUGUCGAUUCUAAGGUCCAAAUGCUGAUAUUAUCAGAUAUCUAUAAAAUUGAAAAAUGUAAACAUGAUUAUGAAAUGAAUCAAUGUGAUCUCAAGACAAGAGUACCGGCAUUGGAAGACCAGUGUAAUGAGUGGUUUCAUUGUUUCCAACCAAAUUCUACAGUUAACGUGACAGGAAGUUCAAGCAUAUUAUGGGCCCAAACUUUAGCUGAAGUUGUUAAUGCCUUCGUGGAACCUAUAUCUAUAAGGACUCUAUUAGUCUUGUUGCUUUCAACAUGUUCCAUUAUUAUAGUGACGAAUGUAGCAUUCGGCUCUUAUAGAGUAUCGUAUAGGUAUAAUAAUGAAAAUAACCCUAGAACAUAA